UUUUUUCCCAACCUGAGAGAGUUUUUUUGUCUCACAUAGGAAACAGCACACACUGCUUUCCUGUACACGGAGACAGACACACACUAGGAGAACAGCUCAGUCAUGGAUUCCACAGAGAGAAGGAUAACCCACAACUAUGGAUAACGCUGCUCCACUUGCUGGAACAUAUGGAAAUGUUUUUGUGAAACGCGAGUGAACUCUGUUCUCCUGCUCUCCCAGGGAGAUUACAGCAGGACAUGCUUCCAGUCACUGAGCGGCUUGACCUCACUUGCAUGGGAGUCGUGCUCGCACAGAGGAGACUGGACUGCACUGCUGUCAACACACAAUCUGUAGUAGUCUUUAUGUGACAUCAUGAGCGUCUACUACAUGCAACGUGUACUGUAUGUGUGUGACUAAACAAGAUUAAGGGAUAGUGUUGUUACAGUUGGCACUCUCCUGAAGAAGGUAAGAGGGGCUGGGGAGAUUUGUCCACACAAAAGCCUUUUGUUCCCGAGCCAACGGCUAGAGGUGGAACGGGACCAGCUUGGAUAACUGGAGGGGGGAGAUCAGAAUGUCACCAUUUGUGACAUUUUGAAUUGACACUUUGCUGAAGCAGCUACCUGUUGGGUUUUACCUCUCUUUGCUCUCAGGUGGUGAGACACUUUGAGCAACAAUGGAGAGUGCAAGUAACAACUCCGGGGAGCAGGGGAAGCAGCCUGCGAGCUCCUAUCUGGAUUUCUUCAGCAGUUUCUUGAGCCGGGAUAGAUCUGCGUCUUCAGGCGUGCAGUCGGCUGUGCUGACUUCUUUCACAGAGCUGUCGGAUGGCGAGACACCUCGUCCCAAUGAUGGCCAAGCUUCCGACAGUGAGAACAAGCAAACGAGGAGGGAGGAGGUGACUUCCUGUGUUAAAGGGCAGAAGGCUGAAUCGUUGAAAAAUGGCAAAGAAUAUGGUGAAAAAGUGAGAGGAGCAGCUGGAGCCCCACUUGACCCAGAUCUGGUCAAGGUCAUGAAGGUGGAAACGCAUAGUGACACAGAAAAUGAGGAGGAGGAGGAGGUGUCCCUUAGCAACAUCAGCCUGCCAGAGAAGCAGGCAAAGACCAGCGAGCCCAUCCCACCUGAGGACAAUAAUACAGUGAACCAUGGUGAAGGAGAUGAGCUAAAUAGUUCCAUUGAGUCAGAGUCAGAGUACAAAGUGCCUGUGUUUAGAACACACAAAUUUACGGAGAGAUCCCGCAUAGAAGCUAUUCUCUACUCAGACAGCUUCCUGAGCAGAUCCAGCGCUAGGACAGGUCUCGGCUCCUCUAGUACCAAACAGAAAGAAAGCUGCACUCCCAAGGAGAGCACCACCACAGUGUCUGUGGAUGCAGAAAAGAAUAGUGGAAACAAUGUGGGAAAAGAAGAGAGUGAUGAGAAUGCUGGCAUAGAUGUCUCUCAGCCUGUCCCCUCCAUCAUCUCCGGACCUCUUUCUUUGGAGACUGCAGGUCAUAAUGGUACCGCAGCCUCGCUGUCAAAGGAGUCUGAUGAUUUGGAUCGUGCACAAAAGGAGGAGACAUGUGAGAAAAGGGAUGACGCUGAGGACGGGACAGAGAAACCUCACUCCAGUCAGGUGGUUGCUCCCACCACCCCACCUAAGACUCCUGAAUUGUCAACCAUAGUGUCCUCCAGCCCAGUUGCGCAAUCAGAAACUGCUGGUAUAACAAUUUCAGGAGCCCUGGGUGACAUUCCGCCAAGUACCAGCCCUUCACAGCUCCCAACUGCUCGAAAGACGGCUGAAGCCAAAACAACCCCAUCAUCAUCACCUGCUAGACCCUCCCCUAAUUCCUCCACCUCCUCCCCGUCCAAGGCCACGGCCCUCUCUUCGCCACCUUCCUUCCAGAUGCCAGCUCUUUUCAGUGGGUUGAGGGUGUUGAAGAAAGGAGCAGUGGGUGAUGAGAGGGAAACAGUGUCAGAAAUCAAGCAGAGGGACAAGGACACUGACCUGGCCCUGCUCAACCUGAAGAAGAAUGUAAACAGAGCCAAGCUUUUCCCUGACCAGAGGACAGCAUCUCCAGCCAAAAAACUUGCAGAGCCUAGAUCCCUUUCAGAUACUAAAAGCACCGUUAUGGGACAGCUCAGUCAUCGGCUAAAACAAGAAAGCCACGAUGACGCCAAACGGUCAGAUGUCCCUCAGGAUGCUACUUCCAAACACAGCAAGAAAGAUACUGAGAAUGUAGAGGAGGUUGCGGGAGAGAAGACUCCAGCCCCAGAGGUACUUACAUCCACACCUGAAAGAAAGAAAACAUCCGACGUGGCCUAUGAAACCUUCAGGAACAUCUUUAGCACCAAAACUGUUACAAAGGAAAAAACCGAGGCUGUGGAUCUGGAGGCAGUGAAAAAGAAAAUCAAGAAUGAUAAGGAAAAUCUGAGGUCGAUUUUUGAGAGAGCUUCAAAAUCUCCCGGACACGAUGUCAAAUCUCCCACAGAGACGAUUACAGAGGUCACAUCUCCCACAGACAGCGAGGACCGGACUCCAGGGCGGCUGCAAGCUGUGUGGCCCCCACCCAAAGCUAAAGAUGAGGAGGAGAAAGUGGGGCUCAAGUACACAGAGGCAGAGCACCAGGCUGCCCUCUUGCAGCUGAAGAGAGAGUGCAAGGAAGAGCUUGAGAGGAUGCAUUCCGACUUUGAGCUGCAGAUCUUCCAGCUGAGAGGUGAGCACGCCGUCUCUCUCUCACACCUGGAGAGAGCCUUCACAAAGACACAGCAAGAAAAGUCGCACAAGGCGGGUGUGGAGCACCGGGAGCUCUGCGAUGCUGCUGUGUCCACUGCAGACGAGUCCGCACUCAAGACCUGGCGCACUGUGGGCAUCCAGACGGACCGGGAGACCUUCAUCCAAAGCCCUGAGGGCGAAGGGGGUGUGCUCGCUCGAAGCCCCUCCCAGAACGUGCCUAAAAAACUCAACUUAGACUCUAUCGGCCUGAAUGUAAAAGGCGAAAGCGCCGCAGGAGCUCCAGCCCCGCCGCCUCCACCGCCUCCACCUCCUCCUCCACCGCCCCUCCCACCAGGCCUCUCAGGACCACCACCACCCCCUCCUCCUCCUCCUCCACCUCCUUUACCAGGCAUGGCGGGACCUCCACCACCACCCCCUCCGCCACCUCCUCUCCCAGGAGGUGGCCCGCCACCCCCUCCUCCACCACCUCCUCUCCCAGGAGGUGGCCCGCCACCCCCACCACCUCCGCCUCCCCCCCCUGGCCUACCUGGAGCUGGCCCACCUCCCCCUCCACCGCCUCCAGGCUCUGGACCUCCCCCUCCUCCCCCCAGUGGCGGCGGCUUCAGUUUUGCCCAGAACGUGGAGAAGGCCCCGCGGAAGCCUGCCGUCGAGCCGGCCUGUCCCAUGAAGCCUCUGUACUGGAGCCGGAUACAGAUACAGGACAAUAACAACAACACACUGUGGGGCUGUCUGGAGGAACCGAACAUCGUCAACGCCAAUGAGUUUGAGGAUCUUUUCUCAAAGGCCACGCUACAGGCGAAGAAGAAACCGCUGUCAGACAGCUACGAGAAGAAAACCAAAGCGAAGAAGAUUAUCAAGCUGUUGGAUGGAAAGCGUUCACAAGCAGUUGGCAUCCUCAUAUCGAGCCUGCAUCUGGAGAUGAAGGACAUUCAGCAAGCUGUUCUCACUGUGGACCACUCUGUGGUGGAUCUGGAGACCAUUGAGGCAUUAUAUGAUAAUAGGGCCACCAGUGAUGAGAUGGAGAAGAUAAUGAAACAUUAUGAAAAGUCAAAAGAAGACGAAGUCAAGCUGUUGGACAAACCUGAACAGUUUCUCUACGAGCUCUCCCAGAUUCCUGACUUUGCUGGCCGGACCCGCUGCAUCAUCUUCCAGUCAGUGUUCCUCGAUACCAUCGCCUCCGUCCGUCGCAAGGUGGAGAAAAUCUCCAAUGUCAGCAAAGAGCUGCUAGAGAACAACAGUCUGCGCGAUAUUAUAGGUCUUGUUCUGGCCUUCGGGAACUAUAUGAAUGGAGGGAACAGGACGAGAGGUCAGGCUGAUGGCUUUGGACUCGAGAUCCUUCCCAAACUAAAGGACGUCAAGAGCAGAGACAAUCGUAUGAAUCUGGUGGAUUAUGUGGUUUUAUACUACCUCAGAAACUUUGACAAGAACGCCGGCACAGACAAGAGUGUGUUCCCUCUGUCGGAGCCUCAGGAUUGCCUCCAGGCUGCUCAGGUUAAAUUUGAAGACAUCACCAAGGACCUCAGGAAGCUGAAGAGAGAUCUAACCACCUGUGAGAAAGAUGUGCAGAAGGUGUGUGAUAACUCAUCAGAGGAAACCCUGCAGCCCUUCCAGCAGAAGAUGGAGGGAUUUAUCGCUGCAGCUCAAAAGGAUCACUUAGCCGAAGAGGAGCAGCUCAAUUCGGCACAAAAAAGCUUCGGGGAGAUGGUGAGCUACUUUGGUGUUAAGGCAAAAGCCGGGGACACUGAGGUGACCCCGAGUCACGUCUUUAUGCUCUGGCACGAGUUUUGCAACGACUUCAAGAACACCUGGAUACGACAAAGCAAGAUCAUCUCCAAGGAGAGGUUGAAGGAAGCUCAAGAAAACAUCAAGAAGAUCACAGCAGAGAAGAGAGUGGAAACCAAGAAGAUGAAUGCCAACAGUCUGAAAGAUAGGCUGCGGCAGAAGGAGGCCAGCGUGCCCCCCAGCUGAAUUGACGGGCGGUGAAGGAGAAAUCCAGCGGUGGGUGGUAAGAGAGAUGGACAAAAAGCACGCGGGCCUCAUCCCUCUUCAAUCAGCCACCUGCCUCACCAACACCGGACCGCCCUCCGUGCCCCGAACUCACAAUCAAAACCUCACCGGACUCCCUCUUCUACUCCCACGGCCGUAAUCUCUGCGCUAUUAACACCCUCAGCCGUCCCCACCCACCCACAUGUCGAAAGAAAAACUCCUGCGCCGGGGGGAUGCAUGGCUGACACAGCCGAAGUGAUGAGAGUCUUAAAGGCCAAAGGUCAACCUCAUUCAUCCAGCGUGGCGUGCCCUCUGAGAGCCCGGCUUGUGAAGGGUCUCAGCGGGUCAGUGGGAUUCACAACAGAGCCAGCUGACACGAGAUUCCUCCUGCAUCUGCAAAGGCUGAGGAUCCCUUCUUCUCCGAGCCGCCGACCGUUACCUGAGGGAGAGACAUGUGUUGAAACGCUCCAACUUAUUCAAAGUGUUUCAGGACGUUGUUGCUGCUGAUUUCUGCUCGGAGGGAACAUCCCUGUUGACACAACAGAUCUCUGUCUCUCGGAGCAGGGAGAAAGCCGCGGCUCCCAGCGUCCUCUGCCGUAGCCAAUAGCUGCUCAUUCACCACGGCUCAUUAAAACUAUUGUAAAUAUGUCAUGUUAUAGAAUCGGCAGGGACUGUUCAGCUUUGAGGAUGAUAAAUAAUAUGCGCUGGGCGUUGUGAGCAGAUGAAAAUAUGGCGUGUGUGUGGGGGGGGUUGGGGAGGGUACAAAAUCAGUUUUACUAUGUUGUGUGUUUUAACUGCACCAGACACACCCCCCUUGUGUGACAGCCAAUGAAGAGCGGAACAAGCGAGCGAUGAGUCGGACCCUUCAAACACACACACUCUCACACUCAGACACACACACUUGGCCGUGCACCCAGUCAUACCAUUAAUUAAAAUGUAUUUAAAGCUAACUUUUUAAAUCCCUCAUGGAGAGCUGUACGUCACAUUGUGCCCAGCACAGGUUUAUGCACUUUCCCCGCUCGCAGUAACUCUAUGUUGUCGCUCACACUCCACAUGCUAAGCUACCUGCGUGCAUUCUUCUUUCCAGAUGCCGUGCACUUUUUUGCAUCUCUUCCCCUAUGCAAGCGUUGGGUUCCCUCUCGGAGAGUUUCACGGAUUUCAUCGCUCCAGGAUGAAAUCCCACCUAUGUCUUCCUUUUUUAAGAAAGUGAAUUAAGCUGAAAGUUUUAUUUUCACAAACGUAGGAUGUGGCCACGCUCCCGGGUCAUUCAAGAAAAGUAUAUUUAUGUAAGGAGAGAUUUAUUUUAUGCCAAAAACACCCAUCUUUGUUCCCUGUGAGGUGGUGUUUUUAUGAGUUAGCUGAAUCGAUUGAGAUGCUUCCGGAUAACGUGGGUCGGUGUAUCUUCACAUGGAGACGUCGUGCCCACAGUGUGUCCGGAUGAUGUGUGGAAAUUAAGUUAUUUACACGGAAUGAAAACUGUUUCAGGAAAAUGUUGGGGAAGGAAGAGGGUUUUGGUAUUGAGAUCAUUUAAGCAUAUCACCUGAAGCCAUGCCAGUUGUUAUACCUCAGACAGACUUCCUUUAUCCAGAUAUCAAUAAACUGCACCUUGAAUUACAUUUAUUUUUAUCCUCCAAAGUCUUUCAUGUGUGCCAUUUAUUUUGUAUGGAGAUGGAGAUAUUUCAUAACUGCUGUGUUUAACUUUAGAGGAGUUUAAAAAACAAAAACAAAUCAAUCUGAGAACAGACCAUGGAAUUGUUGUAGCCUCUACUGUGUGUACGUCAGUCGCUGUGACCGUCAGUAGCUCUCGUCUAGGUGCUCUGUAAUUUUAUGGAAUUGUUUUAAAUUUCAAGAAUAAACUACUGGAUGCCGAAAGAA